AAUACCCAAUUCAAAGGUAAACCCAUUUCACAAAAGAAUCCAUAAACCCCAAACCUAGGAAAAGGGUUUUCUCUCCUAUCAUCCAAAAGGUUUUGUUUUAAGCUUCAGGAAUUUCGCUCGCACUCAUAUCGUCGCCUCACCCUUCAGUUGUUAAACCAGUUUGUCAACAUGUAUUCUGCAAGGAGGAAGAUCAGUAAAGCUGAGGAUGCUUCUCUCACUGGCACGGAAGAGUUGGUUGCGGAGGCACUCUUUGAUUUGGAACAUACCAACCAGGAGCUGCAAAGUGACCUGAAGGAUCUCUAUAUUGACUCUGCAGUUCCAAUUGAUGUUGGGGACAGAAAGACUGUUGUUGUCCAUACUCCCUAUAGAUUGAGGAAAGCCUUCCGCAAGAUUCAUGUUAGGCUUGUAAGAGAGCUUGAGAAGAAGUUCAGCGGAAAGAAUGUGAUCCUGAUUGCCACCCGGAGGACAUUGAGGCCACCUAAGAAAGGUUCUGCUGUUCAACGACCUCGCAACCGCACACUCACUGCUGUGCACGAGGCAAUGCUGGAGGAUAUUGUACUGCCUGCUGAGAUUGUUGGGAAGCGUGUCAGAUAUAGACAUGAUGGAUCCAAGAUAAUGAAGGUUUUCUUGGAUCCUAAAGAACGAAACAACACUGAGUACAAGCUGGAUUCCUUUGCUGCAGUUUACAAGAAGCUCUCUGGCAAAGAUGUUGUGUUUGAGUAUCAAGUAACAGAGGCCUAGAAUGGCACUUGUGAACGUUAACCAAGAACUCUGAAUUCAACUUUCCAAAAUUUUGUUGUUGAGUUUGCUUAGAAGAAGGAAACCUUAGUGAUGGAUAUUAUUUUCACCGUUAUGAUAUGAUUUAUGUUUUGUGCUAUGGUUAUGACCAAAAUUUUGGUGGUUUUAUGUAAAUCAUUCUCUUAUAUGCAAGUGUACUUUCCUUCA